AUGUUUACUUUUACUCCUGUGGCGCACCCUACUGCGGACACGCAGCACCCUCUGUUGCUUUUACAAGCUGACAGCGGUGAGAGGUAUUUUUUUGGUAAAGUCUCUGAAGGGUCACAGAGGUGUUUGACGGAGAACAAGAUCAAGAUAUCCAAAUUGGGUAACAUAUUUUUGACAGGUAUGCUGGACUGGUCUGCUAUAGGUGGCCUUCCUGGUAUGAUAUUGACCAUUGCAGAUCAAGGUAAGGACAAUCUGGUGUUACACCAUGGCAGCCAAAUUCUCAACUAUAUUGUCUCCACAUGGAGGUAUUUUGUUUUCAGAUUUGGAAUAAACUUGAGGACAAAUACGCUAGUGCCAUCAAAAAAUAUUUAUAAGGAUAAGUUAUUACAAGUAAAUCCGAUUGUCAUAUCAAAGAAACACUCCGAAGAGGUCAAACUCGGGAACAAAACGGUUGAGAGUUUACUAAAUGACAUUGUUGCUCACAUGUUUCCUAAGAAAACCGAUACAAAUAUGAAAUACGAGCCUUCCAAGGAUCCUCAUUUGAAUGUGAAACUACCGGAAAAUAUAUCAGUUCCUUCAGAAACGACCAACUAUGAAGUGCAAUUCAAUUCAAUUAGAGGUAGAUUUAAAGUCGAAGAAGCAAUUCGAUUAGGUGUACCAAAAGGCCCGCUUUUUGCAAAACUAACUAAGGGUGAGUCAAUUACACUCGAAGAUGGUACUAUAGUUUCACCAGACCAAGUUCUGGAGAAAGAAAGAAAUUUUGGCAAAGUUCUAAUUUUAGAUAUACCUGAUAACAGUUUCAUACCAUCGUUCAUGGAAAAAUUCAAGACCCAUGAUCUCUCAGGAACUGCAGCAAUUUACUAUUUCUUAGACGAUAAAGUGGUAUUCAAUGAUGAUAUUAUUGAACUAAUGGAAACAUUAAACCAUGGGAAUGUACAACAUCUAAUUUCACACUCAAAAAUUUCUCCAAACUCACUAAACUUUCGUGGAUCAGCUUUAACCACAUUAAAACUAAAAUCGAUGCAACCAGAAAGUUAUAAUCUGCCAAAAUGCGAUCAAAUACUAUCUAAAGAUUUCUUUGAUUGUUUCGAAAAGAGUACGCCCUUAGGUACGACAUUAAUACAAACCAGUGAAGGAGAUAUAAAAUCUUCAAUCGAUAAAGAGAAUGUACAUAUAUUCAAAAGAGGUACAGAUGUGACUUUAGAACCCUAUACCAAAAAUUCAGAGUUGGAAGUGCAAGAUCUAAACAGCAAAGUGAUCACAACUGAACUUCCCUCAACUGCAGAUUUCUGGAAGAGAGCAUUUCAUAACCAUGUUGUUCCCUUGCAAAUUCCUGGUGCUACAUAUGAAAAUAUUGUUGAAAAUCAAUUUCAUGUAAAUAACUUCAACAGUAGCCCAGAGAAAGCAACACAGCCCGAAAUUAUUACACUUGGUACAGGUAGUGCUCUGCCGUCCAAAUACCGUAAUGUGAUUUCAACGUUAGUGAAAGUACCGUUCAACAACAAUGGUGUCAUCUCAAAUAGAAAUGUAAUCCUUGAUGCAGGGGAGAAUACUAUUGGUAUGUUGAAAAGGAUGUUUAAUUCUACUGAACUGCUGUCCAUAUUUAAAGACUUGAAGCUAAUCUAUUUAAGUCAUUUGCAUGCCGACCAUCAUUUGGGUAUUAUAAGUAUACUAAGAGAAUGGAAUAGAUAUACAAAAAAUGAUGAAAAUGCUAAAAUUUAUAUUGUAACACCUUGGCAAUAUAAGAAGUUCGUGGAUGAAUGGCUAAAUUAUGAAGACGAAAGCAUAUUAUCACGGAUCAACUACAUUAGUUGUGAGCAUUUUAUACAUGGAAACUACGUUCGGAAAGAAAUUAAACCGUUAGAUAUAAACGAAUUUGAAGCAGUGAUUUCUGAGAACACUAAUAAAAAAAGAAAAUUGCAGUUAUCACUUGAUGAUACUUCUUCUUUCAAAGAUUAUACAAGCAUAAAAAUGAUGUGCAAAGACCUUAAAAUCUUUAAGUUCGAGACUUGUAGAGCGAAACACUGUGAUUGGGCAUACUCAAAUACUAUAACAUUCUACAAGAAUUCGUUCAACAGUGACUUAUUUAAGGUAUCUUACUCUGGUGAUACGAGACCUAACUUGGAGAGAUUUGCAUACGAGAUUGGUAAAGGUUCUGAUUUACUUAUUCAUGAAGCAACUCUAGAUAAUGAAUUGAUUGAAGACGCCAUCAAAAAGAGGCAUAGUACCAUUAAUGAGGCCAUCAAUGUAUCAAAUGCCAUGGAAGCCAAAAAGCUUAUAUUGACACACUUUUCCCAGAGAUAUCCUAAGUUGCCUUCGAUGGAUAAUAAUAUCAAAGUUGAGGCCAAUGAAUUCUGCUUUGCUUUUGAUGGUAUGAUUAUCCCAUACAAUACUCUUGGUAAGCAGAAAGAAGUUUUCCCUAUGCUGAGCAAAGCUUUUGCAGAGGAACAACAGGAAGAAGAAGAAGAGUCUAAUGAUGAUUAA